AUGGCAAGCUUAGUUGGCCAUGUAAUCCCUGGCUUAGGUUUCAUAAUCAUUGGAGUUUGGCACCUCUUUAACCAAAUCAAGCUCCAUUCUCUUCACCAAAAAUCCUACAUUUCAUUGCCAUGGUUUCCUCCUCCAAGGCUAAGGCACACCGAGCUCGUUCUCAUCAUGGUUGGAUCCCUAGCCUCGAUAAUCAUUGAGAUCGUUGUGGGGCCGGGGGAGUUUAAUCAGAUGUUUGAUCUCGAUGGGACUGUCCCUUACAACCACCUCCACUACUUCGAGCACGCCAUUGUCUCGUUUGCAUUCUUAACAUACGCAACAUUUUCACUAAUACUAGAUUGGUUGGGAUAUCGAGCCCAAUAUAUUUCUGACUUGACGCAGCUUUUGGCUGCAUCAGCAUUCGGGCUCGAGCUUUUUAACCUUAACCUACAAUACUCUUUUGAUAGAACCGGGGUGGAAGGACAAUAUUAUUGGCUCCUUCAACUUAUUGUUCUUGUGAUUGUAGUCACCAUCUUAGUGGGGAUUGUUUAUCCUAGGAGUUUUUGGAUUGGGGUGGUGAGAUCGUUGAGCAUUGUUUUUCAAGGCGUUUGGUUGGUGACGAUGGGGUUGAUGUUGCGAAUACCCGAGUUUGUGGCGAAAGGGUGUUUCUUGAAGUUGGAUCAAGAAGGUGAGUAUAUGGUGAGAUGUCACACUGUUGAAGCACUUGAGAGAGCUAAAAGAAUGGUUGACAUUGAGUUUAGUUGGUUUUUGGUAUUACUCAUGGUUAUCUUCAUGGGCUUCUUUGUUUUAUUGAUUAAUAUCUUUCCUCCAUCCAAAAUUGAGUAUGAGAAACUAAGAAAAUGUGAAGAUGAUCAUGAUGAUGAUGUUGAGGGAGGCUUACAAUGA